UGUGUUUGUCAUCCGUAUGAUCACGUAAACGCAGUUCGCAGUUCUGUUGCUAGUUGUAUCUGAAAGAGUUAAUUGCUCCGUUUUUGACUCAAAGUUUGGGUCGAGACAGGUCUGAUCACUGCUGGAAGUUGACUGACAUUUUAAGAACGUCGGCCGGACCUGGGCAGCGCAAUAAUGGAGGUGGACGGGGAUUUGGACCAAGACCUUCUGCAGCAAUUCAGCUGCAUGGGAACAACGGAUAAGGACACUCUGAUUUCGCAGUUGCAGAAAUUGGUGGGCAACCUGAGCUCGACAGCGGCUGCUUUCUUCCUGGACAUGAACAAUUGGAAUCUGCAGGCGGCAGUCGGCUCGUAUUUCGAUUACGAGGCAGCCAACAACUUGCCGUCCAUGUCUCUGGUCAAAGAUGCCACUGUAGGCGAUGGCGAAAGCGUUCCGCCAUGCACAAGAUUCACCAAGACGUGGAAGUUAAGGAAUAAUGGAGACAUGGCUUGGCCCGAGGGCUGCUACUUGAAGCACACCUAUGGCGAGCAGUGGGGUGGAUUGAGCGAGAGAAUUUCCCUGCCAAGUAUUAGCCCAGGCCAGGAAGUUGAAAUCAACAUCGAGCUCAUCAGUCCGUCCAAAAAUGACAUCUACUACAGCAAUUGGAGGGCCUGCACGGCCAACGGCUCAUAUUUUGGAGACACCAUUUGGGUUGUGAUAACAGUGGCUGAUGGAGGCACACUGGCCUUAACCCAACAACUGACCCACCUCUCUGACUUGGGUUCAUCUCCCCUGGGGAUGAGCAACGUGCCAAACCCCUUCACACCCUUCCUCCAAAACCAGCCUAGUCAACCUUUAUUCCAAGACUCAGUCCCUCCUCAAGACCCUGGCGACAAUCCCAACAGGAUGUGCUAGCCUAAGAAGAGUAACAGUGGCGUGAGUGUUUCAGGUGGAUUGUGCAUUUUUGGAAAAUGAUGUUGAGCUGGUUUAGUCAAUGGGCUUAUGGAGAGUUGUACAAAAAUGAUGUAAAACCUGCAAAAAGUGAUAUGAAUAAUUAGAAUAAUUCAAGUCUAAACUUUUAAAUAAUAUAGCUUCAAAUGCUAGUUAUAUUUUGGGACUCCACAGUUCACUAAAUUUUUAAGCAACUGUAUCGUAAAUUAAAAUUUCAAAAUCCUUCUGUAGUGUAAAUUUAAAAUUCGUCACAUUGUGCAAAUUCACUCCAAUAUCCCAUUUUUUGUUUGCAUACCAAAUUUUAGGCUCACCGAUCUCAGCGAUAAUUACAAAUCCAAGUGUCUAAAGUGACUAUUUUUUAAAUCUGAUUGAAUUUUUACUUUUGGGACUAAAAAAAUAUUAGUUCAAUAACACUAUAAAUGUGUGAGAUUACUAUUGUUCGCUGAAAGAAAUUUGUUGCAAAACGCAAUUAGCUGCUUUGAGUUAUUUCUUUGUGAUUUUGAUAUUAUCCUUCAAAACUUGUUUGUCGUUUAAUUUGUGUUUGUACACAUUUUUGUAUGACAAAAGUAGGUUGUAAUGCUCAACCAAUGUUAAUACAGUGGAUACUUUCAAAAUAAUUAUAAAUCACAAUAUAUCCUAUAAAUUUGAGUAUUUU